AUGGAGAUGAGUGGGAUGGGGUGGAUUGUGGAAGUGGCUGGGCGGGGCUGGGGGCUGGAGUCGAGAUGGCAUGGAGGGGUUUGGUGGAGAUGGCUGCAGAGCGUUGGAGUGAAGGUGCUUGGAAAGGUUUGGAGAUGGGGAGUGGAGGCAGAUGGAGCUGGUUGGGGAGGGAAUGUGGGUGGGCCAAGGGAUGUGGUUGAGGUGAAGGUGGUUGGGAAGGGGUCAGUGGCGUCAUGCGGUGGGCAUGGGCCCUGUGCAAAGAAUGAAAUGGGACCCCCUCUUCAAUUUCUGCCCCCUUAAUAGCUUGGCUUUCUUGCCCCUCUGGCACGUGGGCCCUGGUAAUGUUGCACAGCCUGCACACUCAAUAGUUGCACCACUGGUGGAGGUCUGGGUUGGGUGGAGGGUCGGGGUUUGAGUGGAGGUGGUUGGACGACAUCGGCAUGAAGGUGGUUUGGUGGAGGUUGCCGGAGAGCGUGAUGUCACUGGGGGAAGGGUUGGGUUGGAGUGGAGAUGCUGGUGAAAGGUUGGGAGGAGCUGGCUGGAGAGCAUUGGCGCUGGUUGAGAAAGGGGGGAGAGUCUUGGAGUAACGACACAGUGGGCGGCCAGCGACCGCAGCACCAGCAUCAUCGCCGGCAGCUGAAGACAAAAGCGCCGUCAUGUCGCGUGAUUCGCGCGAUUCGCGAGAUGGUCGCGACAGAAGAGACUCGCGUGAGAGGCGAGACUUGCGGGACAGGCGAGACUCGAGAGACAGGCGAGACUCGCGCGACAGGCGAGACUUGCGCGACAGGCGAGACUCGAGAGACAGGAAGGAUUCACGAGACCGGCGAGACUCUCGGGACGCACACUGGGACGACCCCGAAGGAUUCGUGGUUCGCGUGCGUGGCCUCCCGUGGACCUGCACUGCCGAAGAACUCUUGGAUUUCUUCUCUGGCUGCAUGCUUAUGAACGGGAAGGCGGGCGUGGAGUUUAUCAACACGCGGGACGGACGGGCGAGCGGAGAGGCGUACGUUCAGCUGGAGACAGAGGACGACAUGCUGCGUGCUCUCGAGCUGAAUCGCAAGCACAUGGGCCACCGCUACAUCGAGGUGUUCAAGUCGAAGAAGAGCGAGCUUGAGUGGGCCCUGGCUCACAACGGGCCAAGCCAGCCCGACACGUCGCUCGAGGGCUGCGUGCGACUGCGCGGACUCCCCUUUGGGUGCACGCGAGAGGACAUCGUCAAAUUCUUCUCCGCCUCUGAAGGAUCCUCCGCAGUGUACAACAUCUCGCCGUACGACAUCUCGCCGGACGGCAUCGUCAUUCCCCUCGACCACCAGGGCCGCAGCACGGGCGAGGCCUUUGUGCAGUUCGUGUCGCAGAGCCUGGCCGACAUUGCGCUCGGAAAGCACAAGGAGAAGAUGGGCCACCGGUACGUGGAGGUUUUCCGCUGUAGCCGAGGGGAUUUCCGGGGCGUCUACGAGCUUGCGCGCCGGCACGCCCUGAGGCGCGGGCCCUACGACCGACCCAGCGUGAGCCCGAGGGGCUCCUAUGGGAGCGCCGGGGUCCACGGGGGCAACUACACCGGAGGCUACAGCGGAGGCAACAGUGGGGGAUAUGGGCCGGACCGAAACUACGAUCGUCUGCGACCGGUCGGCGGUUUCAGCGGCCGUAGCUACAGCAGCUACGGCUCGACGGGCACCUUCCAGACCAACACGGGCCACUGCGUGCACAUGCGCGGCAUCCCCUUCCGGAGCACCGAGGAAGACAUCCUGGAGUUCUUCUUGCCACUGGCGCCGGUGAGGGUUCACAUCGAGUACGAGGUGAACGGACGCGCCACGGGGGAGGCGGACGUCGACUUCGCGACGCACGAUGACGCAGUGCGCGCCAUGGCAAGGGACAAGGCGCAUAUGAAACACCGCUACGUGGAGCUGUUUCUGAACUCGACGGCGCACAGGGGCUACGGAGGUGGCUCGAAUGGCGUGGCAUGCUACAGCUCCAGCACCAGCAGCAGCCGGCGCGGCGGAGGCUGGGACCGCGACAGGGACCGCGACCGCGACCGUGAUCGGAUCCGGGACAGGGAUCGGGACCGCGAUCGUAAAUGAGCUGCAGGACCGAGGAGAUGGGGGGGGGGGGGGGUGGGGGGUGAGUGUGGUCCCCUCUUGUCGUGCCCAGAAGCGCCCCGACGCUGUCUUGUUUAGUUCUUUCAGUGCUGUCCUGUUUUCCGCAUGCCCUUGAAGCCGUGAUACACCGGGGCAACUUUAGAGGCAGUCAUUGCCGGCAAUCAACACCGGCGGCGGUCGCCGCGAUGCAUUUCUGUUGCAAGAAAUGUAGUUGCCCAACUCUGGACGAAUCCUGUUCUUGGCCCCCACCCCACAAUGGACAGCUGGGAUGGUCAACUGCCAUCGGAUUGCAGAAGAGUCACACGACUACUGGACAUUGCUACAUAGGCCAAUCAUUGCUCUUGAAACACUUUACAACAUUGUUGUUAUUAUUCUUGGUUCUUUCGGUAAAGUCACGUAGAAGGGAAACAAUAAAAAAAACGUUAAAUCAAAAUUGUUUUUAUUGACAAGACAAAUCCCACGAGACUCCAUGCCUAUUGCUGUACCGGGUUGUCACAGUUGGUCAGCACAGUAAAUGCGUUGCCGGUGACGAUUCUAAAAUUUCCCAAAUGUAUCGUAGCCUCUAAGCAUGGUACAGGACCCAUUCCCGUUUUUGUGAAAUGAUCCCUGCCCCCCCCCCCAUCCUCUGCCUUUCCUAGGAUGGAAAAGUCUGCCCUGACAGACUGGCGUUGAGUGACUGAUGACACUUGUUUCUUCUUCAAUGUUAGUCCAUUAGAAGGGUAAUAAUGCUGCAUAUGGUUCACCACUUCCAAGGCUUUAAUCCCCACUUGGAAGAAUGCCCUUGUCUGGCCGCAUAACACGUGAUCACAACUAACGGGUGCGUUGCAGCAGGGUAAUGCCUUUUCCCGGCAAGCGACCCCUUCAUUGCCUCGUUGUGGACACACUCGGCCAGGUCUGGCAAGUGUCGUCUUCAGUUUUAAGUGUUGUAUCCAUAUUUUUCUGGAUUUUCCACACGUAACCAUUUUUCAGGUUAACGCUCAAACUUAUUGCGUGUAAAUGUGCAUGGGGAGUGAACCAAGACCUCAACGGUGGUGCUAUAUAAUGGUCACAUCGCACCUUCACAGGCCGUCCAUGGUAGCGACCAGACUCUCGAUUCCGCUGCUGCGCUGGAAACUGUCCCGUCGGUCCUCCCCUGCCACCCCCCCCCAUCAGUCCCCCCAUAGUGGGCCAACCCAAAUCUUGGGAGACUUGGGCUAUUUCCAGUACCACACGUUGGUGAGUCUGGGUGCUACCAGUGUCAGCGUGCGGUGUUGGGGGGGAGUGGGGGGAAGAGGCUUGCAGCCACUGGUGAGGUCUCUAUUUUAUACACAUGCGUGUUUAACCAAGUAAAAAAAAAAGUGUUCAGAGUUGAUACGGCAUUAAAAGUGAAGGCCAAUUUAGUGACCAGUCAGGUUCUCUUUCAGAAUGGUGGUGCGAGCGGCGGUAGAAAAAUGAACGUUAUUCCUUUGCUUUGGAAAUAGUAAAUACUUCACAAUGUAUAUAUUAAUUCUUGAUUUGAAGUUUUCGUGACUGCAAGAAUCCAUACUCUUUGGUUUUAUUCGGUAAAGUCACGUAGGUAAAAAAUAAAUUAAAUCACGUUUCGGAAGCUUGUGUUGCUUCCGAAACGUGAUUUAAUUUAGUUUCAUAUUUUAUUUUUUACAUACGUGACUUUACCGAAUAAAACCAAAGAGGAUGUAUGUAUUGUCACGUUCACAAUUUGUUGUUGCCCCUGUUAAGGCCACGGACUGUUCAGUUACCCCCUUCAUGUCAGUUCUUGGUGACAAGAGGUCUAUAAGUUGUAACAAUUUGCUUCCUGCCUUCCUGGCAAGUCGAAACAAAAUUGUGAUUUGAAGAUACAUUUUCUUUUAAAUACUGGUUAAGUAACACGGAUGAUGACGUGAGCCCAUAACAUACGAAUAAUCAAAUAUGUAAUUUCCAUAUUUGUAAGUUGACCUGUAUGAAGUUCUUACAUGUGAUUUUUUUAAAUCUAUCGUUUGCUGAAGAAUCGAUAUUGAUGGGUAAGUGCAUCAGUACAUGUCUGUUUGAACCGCAGUUUGGCAAGAAAGGGGGCCCUGUGUCUUUAAAUUACGGUGUUAUUUUUCUGGUUUAUUGGGAGUUUCUACAAUUUAGUUAAUUUUGAUUUAAAGCUUUCGUGACUGCAGGGAUUCGUAUUCUUGGUUCUUUCGGUAAAGUCACGUCGAAGGGAAACAAUAAAAUAAAAAUAUAAAACAAUUUAUAUUGUUUCCCUUUACGUGACUUUACCGAAAGAACCAAGAAUAUAAUUUAGUUAAUUUAAAGUGUUCUGGGGAUUUUUUUUUUCUAGAAAGUUCUGAGGUGGUCAGGGUGGCUCAAGAGAUCGAGGCAGCCACUUGUGAUGAAACUGUUUAAAGUGGAGAAAGGAGCUCCCCCCCAGUCGCCAAUGAUUGCACAAAAAACCCCACUAUUAAGAUUUGGUUUUGGCUUCAAUUGGAAAAAUUCCAUUUCUACAAAAUUUUAAUAUUGGGUUGACUCGGCAAAUCCAUUGAAAAAUCCCUCCCACAGCCAUUGCGGGUGUGACAGGGUACUUGGAAUUUUUCAAAAUGGAUUUGACAUCACAUCCCACAAUUGGAAUUGUAGGAAAAAUUUCGUGUACAUUUUUUAUUUCAACAUACUGCAAGUAUCGUUUGCAAAGCUUUGCCGAUGGAUUAACACAAUUAUUUUGAUACAAAUGACUUCAGCUGGGAAGCUAGCACCCCCUCCCCCCUUGUCUUUUAAUAAACCAAGGUUAUUGCAACGUGGUGUUUUUAUAUGGUUUUAAAAAAUAUUAAAACUCUGGAGUCAACUACAAAAUUUUAUUUCCAGAAAACCUAAAGCAACAAACGUGACAGAUUUUCAUCUUUUCAGACAACUGUACAGAAACAUUUUUAGCAAGCCAACGAUGGAGCUAUUACAGGUGUGAAUUGUCAAGCAGCUUUAUUCACAACCGGGUGACAUGAGUUGAUGUUUUGACUUCUGUAAAAUGUUGACGUUCCGAAUAAAAAAUACAGCUCUGGA